UGUCAAGGUCUUGAUAUCUAUAUAUAAGACUAAACAAGACUCUGCCAUAUGCCACAUAUCUGCAGAAAGCAAUGACGAUACCUGCAGCCAAGAUUUUCUUCUGUUUAUCUGUAUUGGCUUUCUUAGGAACUCAUGCAAGAACUUUACCAGAAGAUCCAUCUAUAAAUCAGUAUGACAUGAUUACAAGGACGACAGCAGCUCCAUCUCCUCCAGAUGUUGCACCUCCACAUAUUCCGACAAAUGCAUAUGAGAAAUGGAAUGCAAUCUUUGCUAUUUAUGGCAGGACAGAAGCAGAUCCAUCAAAUCCUUCCCUUCAAGUUGCACCUCAACAGCUUAGGAGCUCAAAUUAUGAUGCUACUGCUCUUUCACACCAGGAAAUCAUCAAGCGGCCAACAUUACUAGCACCUCCACCUCCUCGUGUUGCACCUCCGCAUGUUCAGGCAAGUGCCUAAUGUUCCAGCCGAAGUUUAUGCAACCAGAGUGCUGCAGCUACAUAAAUCCUUUUAAAGAAUGUAGUACUGGAGAUCUUUAACAUUUGAGGUUAUUACAAAACUAGUUUCCUAUCAAGUUGGGGAGAAAACGUUCUGUUUCUUUCAGUGUUUGUACGGCCCAAACUUAUGUGUAAUAUUGUUGCAUGGGCAUGCAAUAUUUGCAUUGUGGUCUUGUGUGGUGGUCCUGGUGGAUGGCUGAAUGUGAUUGUAACUUCCAAGUUUAUACUUUUAGCAUAUUCGAGCACAAAAAUUUAUUCUGAAAUGAAACCAAUUAUAUCCGGUUA